AUGUUUUGUGAUUUCUAAUUGGAGGAAAAUAAAUAAAGAUAAGAUUGUUCUACUUCGACGUUUUAUUGUUUUAUCACAAGUAAUUAGUGAAUCAUCCCUUAUCCUUCUUUAAUUACCCCUUUAAUCAUACUUUAGUCGAGGGCAUUUUAAAUUAAUAAAGUGUUUUACGUUGUGGCCAAGUUCGAUGUACUUUUAUCACGCUUCAAUGAAUAUAAAACCAUUAAGUUUUUUAGAUAUAAACAUCAAUUUUCUUGAAAUUAUUUGGAUCAUUAUACACGAAGUUUCGAAUCAUCAUCAUCGUCAUCAAUUUUAGAAUGUUUCAAAGAGGAAAAUAUCAUCUACAAGUUGUAUUUUGAUUUGACGGAUUAGAAAGGAUCAAUCAUGGAAAAAAUAAGCGAAAAAUGUAUGUCAUUCUAGACAUUAAAAUCGUAGAAUAAUCGUAAAAGUGAUUAAUGUAAGAUGAAUAUCUCUAGGAUUUUAUUCUGUUUGCUUAUUGUUAAAUGGUCUUACUUUGGAGGAACAUCAGGAUUUCGAGUUACCAUCUCCAUUGGGAAGAGAGUUCACUGUCUGAAGAACUUGGGAUGCUUUGGAAUGGGACCUCCUUUCGCCCAACCUAGAGGACGUCCGAUCAGCUACUUACCCAACAGCAGAGAAUUUAUCAGAACCAAAUUCCUUCUGUACACCCGUCGAGAUCCUUGGUUUAACGAGGUUUUGAUUCCUGAUCAAAUGGAAACCAUCGAGAGUUCGAAAUUUAAUUCCGAAUUGCCAACUAAAGUUAUAGUUCAUGGGUAUUUGGAUAGCACCCUUCUAACCACUUGGAUGAAGAGGUUGACACGCGUACUAUUUUCUGUCGGAGAUUAUAACGUGAUUAUUGUGGAUUGGUUUAUAGGAAGCACCUUCUCAUCGUACAUCCAAGCGGUGGCUAAUGCAAGAGUAGUGGGAGCAGAAAUUGCAUUUCUCAUGGAACGUCUUCAGCUCGUUAAGGAAGCUAAAUUAAAGGAUUUUCAUCUGAUCUGUCACAGUUUAGGAGCACACGUUUGUGGAUAUGCAGGCAAACGUCUGAGUGAUCUCGGAAGGAUAACGGGUUUGGAUCCUAUAGGUCAUUAUUUUCGUAAUGUUUCAAGUAAGGUUCGAUUGGAUGCUUCGGAUGCAACUUUUGUCGAUAUUAUUCACACGGAUUCAGCAGAAUCAAUAUUUAGAGGUCUUGGGACGAAUGAAAUGAUUGGUGAUGUCGACUUCUUUCCUAAUGGAGGUCAGAAUAAUCCCGGAUGUAAAACUCUGCGCGAAAAGAAAAAAUCUAGGACCUUCUUAGAAUUCAUUAGACCUCAAAAAGAAUGCGAUCAUAGACGUGCCAUAGAAUUCUUCAUCGCAUCCAUUAGAUAUCCGGAAUGCUUUGUUGCUGUUUCGUGCCGCAGUUAUUUGGAUUUCUCAGCAGGAAAAUGCAGUUGCUCCAACGAAACACCUUGCGCUUUCAUGGGUUUUCAUGCCGAUCAAUUCGAACAUCAAAUAAGGAAUACAUCCAGGAUAUUUUAUUUAAGUACUAGUAGUGAUUAUCCUUACUGUGCUAAAAAUAGACCUCUUUUUAAUUAUAGAAUGGAAACUCGAUCACUAAUAAUCUAUUAAUUAAUAAUCGAAUUUCACUACCGCCGAAUGAUGGCUAUGAAAUUAUCUUGUCUCUAUAUUAAUUAUGUUAAAUUAACCCUGUUUUAAGGGUAUAUUAAUGAUAAUAUAUAUUAAUUAUAAAAACAGAUAUUUUCAUACAUAACUUUACAAUGGAAGAAUUUCUGUUUUAAAGAGGUAAAUAC